AUGUUGGUGCUGCUGAGAGCGGUGGGUUUCCGACUCAGGGUCACGCUCGGGCCUUGGCUUCCGGCGCGAGGGCACCCUGAGAAUGCGGAAAAAAUCGCUGGUCUGGAACAAGGCCAGACGAACAUUGUGGCGCAGCUUACCGAGAUCGCUGGGUUGCUGAAGAACUUCCGGCCGGAGUCGGGGCAGGAUGGGAGUCGUGGGCCCGGGGGCUCGGGAGGCCUCGGUCUGGUGCCGGCGUCGUCGCCGUGGGGCGGGGGCGCGGGCGGGGGGGCGAGUGUGCCCGCGAGGUCCAACGCCAAAGAGGAGGCGAGGAGGGAGGCCACCAUUUGGCAGGCCAAAUAUAAUCAGACACUCUGGGUACUUCGGGGACAGCGGGGGCCGGAGCCCGGGCCACAGAAGGAGGACCUGCAGGGUUUGAUGGGCGAUAUCGUUCACGUCAAGGGCGACGUCCUCGCUCAGAUGCGUGCGUUUUCGUCUUUCCACGUCAAGAGCUUCCGGCCCGUAGGGGUUGCCCGCACGUCGUCUAUUGCAGACAACUUCGACGUAAUGUGUGAGGCGGUGAUGCAGCUGUUGAAGUUUGGUCUAGAUUCGUCCACGACCGCGGGUGUGCAAUCGUUGCGGCGGUUGGAACCCAUAGCCACAGCCAUGGCGGACGCGCGCUCCAGGUUUCGGACUACUCUCGUGCGGAAUAGUGAUGUGUUCCCGGGCGAGUACCAGCGGGCGGCAUUGCCAAUGUUGCCGAACGAGGACUUCAAAUUGUGGACAACGGCGAUCAUCACCUGGAUGUACCCCUUCACGAAAAUGCAUUAUCCGCCGGACGCGUUCGACGGACACACCUUGCCGCCGGUGCCCGAGUUCCCCAACAUCAAAAACCUCUGUGAACGGGGGGUGAGUCUAUUCCGGCUGGUCCUGAGUGACGGAGGAUCCCUCCCCGGAACAGGAGAGUCGCGGGGCGGGAGCGGCAAGCGUAAGGCGGGCCAACUGGAUCGGGGUGAUUCAUCGUCACGGAAGCGUGUCACAAGGGAGUGCUUCCAGUUCCGCGACUCUGGCACGUGCUCUUUCGGCGACAAAUGCAGGUUUGAGCACGUGAAGCGCCGAGAUUCGUCAAGCACCGGAAGUGGCAGUGGGGGGGGCGGGAGUCGCGGUGGCGGGGGGCGCUCGUCGGCUGGUGGUCAGGGGGGUGGCGUCGACCGGGGAGGAGGACAGGCUGACGGUGGCGCGGUGGUGGCGCGUCGUCGGCCUUUGUGGUGCGGGGUGGCAGCAAAUAGGGGUGCGGGCUCCGCCGGGUGGCGGGACCAACUCCUGUUUCGCUUCCAGCUGAGAGGCCGCAACAGCAGCCAGGUCAUAGGGAGAUGGCGUCUCGGGCCUUGGCUGGCGGGGGGAUCCGAAGCGAGCGCUGUGAGGGCCUGCCCGGAGUGGCUUCCGACAUGGAAUCAGGUACGAGGCAAAGUGUUGAGAAGGUUUCGCCGUGUGAGGUUGAAGAGUGGCGAGUGGCUGUGUCUGCGUUGGCUGAGUGUGAAGCUGCAGAACGGUACGUCCAUCUUAACCAUGUGGCGCAUGUGGGUUCAAACUUGCUUCGACGGUGUGGGGGACGCGUGGAAAGGUUCGUCGCCGCUGUUGGCCANAAGUUCUUUCUGUCCCAUGUCGAUGUAAUGCGCGUCAAGGCGCAUUUUGGAGAAGUGAAAAAGUUUCCCCUAGUUGGUCAACUUCUGAGAUCGUUGUCUCCGGGUGCGCCGGUUGACGUGGGCUCAGGUAGGAACCUGGACGCUGAAGUGGCGUACGGCAACCAUCCUACCGCGUUACUGCACAGAGGUCGGAUCACAGACAAAGUUGUAUCGGACGUGAUAUUGGAGCGUGCGUUGAUGUUCGAUGUUCGGUUCUUCCGAGAAAUAUUAGGUGUUAAGAGUGUCGCCGUUGGGCGUCAUCGAC